UCGUCCCGCUAUAUCGAUAGCAAUGGCAACAUAGUCUUCAUAUUCUUAUCAAAAGUCUUUUUCUUCGAAGGAUGCAGCAAAACCAGUCACCACCAUCCAAACGCAACCACUCUCCUUCCCUCCUCCUCCAAUGCUCAGAGCUCGUCCUUUCAUGGCUGACCCCACAAGAACUCGCCACCAUAUCUCUCACCUGCUCCACCCUCCACACAAUCUCUAAGUCCAUCACUCUCCGCCGAGCCUCUGACGCCUCCAGAGCCUUCGAGAGUCAUCCCAUUCCAUUCCACAACUCCGUCGAUGAACACCCGUAUGCCUACUUCAUCUACACCCCAUCUCAAAUUUCUUCUUCCUCUUCUCAAUUUUUAGGGCGCCAAUCUUGGGGCUCCAGUUCUUCUGCACACAAAUCGAACUCGGUGGCUGGACUUGGAGUUCAAACGCUGCGUUUUGUGGACGAGUCGGGAGAGUGUGCGUAUGGGUGUGAAUGCGAGGCAUGUGGGGAAGAGGGAGAUGGGGGUGAUGGGUGUCCGUGUUUUGGUGGCUUUAACGACGUCGUUGCGGAGUGUGGGCCGAGUUGUGAGUGUGGGUUGGAUUGUGGCAAUAGGUUGACUCAGAGAGGGAUUGAGAUUAAGUUGAAGAUUCUGAGGGAUGGGCGAAAAGGGUGGAGUUUGUAUGCGGACCAGUUCAUUCCAAAGGGUCGGUUUGUUUGUGAGUAUGCAGGUGAACUCUUGACAACCAAAGAAGCAAGAUUGCGGCAGCAGAUAUAUGAUCAGCUUGCAUCAGGUGGUCAUUUUUCCCCUGCUCUUUUGGUUGUGAGGGAGCAUAUGCCAUCCAGAAAGGCAUGUCUAAGAUACAAUAUUGAUGCGACAAGAGUUGGAAAUGUAUCAAGGUUCAUCAACCAUUCGUGUGAUGGUGGUAAUCUAUCCACAGCACUGGUGAGAAGCUCAGGUGCUUUACUCCCACGCCUUUGCUUUUUUGCUUCGAAAGACAUAAAAGAAGAUGAAGAGCUUACUUUUAGCUAUGGUGAAAUUAGGGAAAGGUCAAAGGGGUUGCAGUGCUUUUGUGGGAGCUCUUGUUGUCUUGGAAUUUUGCCCUCAGAGCAGACUUAAUUGUAGUUUUUUGCCUCUAGACUAAGUAGUACUGUAGCUUGAAUUCUGUCCUUAUAGGAUAUGUAGGAGGGAAAGGAGCAGUUGGUGGCACAUUCAGGAUUGUGCAAUAAAUGGUAAAAAUGAAAAGGGGAAAGAGACUGAGGAGAAGAAAAUAGCACCAUAAGUUUGUUAACUUAUACCUAAUACUUUAACUGAAAUCCGUAAUCGGUUUAACUUGCAAUUUGCUAUUCGGAAUAGGAUGCAGAUGCAAAUUUUGCAAAA